AGGAGUUCCGGCGCUUCGGUUCCCCUAGACAAGGUUGGGCGUGGUUUUCAGCUGCAAGGCUGGGAGGAGGAGUCUAGGAGCGGGAGUACACAAAGGCUCCCAUCGCUAUUCCAGAGAAAGGACGCCCAGCUUUGGGGAAAACUGAGUAGUAGGGGACUGAACAAGCCUGAGAGUGAAAGGCUGAGACCCGAGGUGGCCCAUCCUCCUGGCACCCGGCGUCAACGCCGGUGGCCCUACCUGCAGCAGCUGGGAUGCCCGGAGAAGCUUGGUCCCUGGCAGUGGCGCUGGUGCUCCUGGCCCGGGCGCAAGGUCAGCCAGAAUGCUCUGCUGGGGGCCACAGGUUACUUCAGAGUCCUUAUAGAAAUGUUCAUUUUGACUCGAUGCACCUCCAGCAGUCGGCUGCUCAAGAGAUGAUAUGUGAUCAUUCCCUUUCUUCUGGAUGGUAUCGAUUUCUCCUCUUUGACAGACCUGCUGAGAUGCCAACUAAAUGUGUUGAGAUGAACCACUGUGGAACUCAGGCCCCCAUCUGGCUUUCUCUAAGAGAUUCAGAAACACUGCCUUCUCCUGGGGAGAUAAAGCAACUGACAGCUUGUGCCACGUGGCAGUUUUUGUUUAGCACUACAAAAGACUGCUGUCUCUUUCAAAUCCCAGUGUCUGUACGAAACUGUGGGCAAUUUUAUGUGUACUUACUACAACCCACUCAGGGAUGUAUGGGCUAUUGUGCAGAAGCUAUUUCUGAUGCAAAAUUACACACAUGUGGACCAGAAGAAAUAGAAAUUGGAGGGGAUUGUGUUGGUCAGCUGUCAGCCUCAUUUCCACCUCCACCUCCAGGAAAGCCAGAGGUUGUGGUGGAGCUGAUUGAGUCCAGGCUCUUCUGUAGGUGUGCUUUUGAUGUUUCCCCUACAAACAGCUCGGUGGGAUUUCUCAUAGCUUGGUCUAGGCUUUCUUCUCAAGAAAUCAAAGAGGAGCUGAAACAGGAGACCACAGUUCAGGCAUUUUCUCUUUUAGAACUUGAUGGCAUAAAUCUCAGACUUGGAGACAGGAUAUUCUGUAGUGCAUCCAUCUUUUUCUUGGAGAAACCACAUAUACAAAGUUUAGCCAUCGAAAGCCAGGAAUUUUUUGCAGGCAUUAAGCUACAACCUGAAUUGAGUACUAUAUCAGAAGAUGGGAAAGAAUACCAGCUGAGGAUAGAGAGUACAAUUCCUAUUGUUUGUUCUGAAUUUAGUGAGCUUGAUCAAGAAUGCAAAAUCUCAUUAAAGCUGAAAACUGUUGAUCAAGGUAAAGAACACCUUGGCUUAAACUUGGCACUGUCUUCCUGCAAUGUGGACCUCCACCAGACAACAUCCUGUGUCAACGGCACCUGUGGCCAAGCUUCCCUGUAUUACACUGCUGUCUCAGAUUUUUCCCAAGAUGGAGACAGAGUUACAAACAUUGCUGUAGAACCUAUAGUGAAUAAGGAUUUCCUGUGGAACAACUAUAUUCCAGACAGCAUCCAGAUCAGAGUCAAGGAUGUCCCAACAGCUUACUGCUAUUCAUUUACUGAUCCACACAUAAUUACCUUUGAUGGCAGGGUAUAUGAUAAUUUCAAGACUGGAACAUUUGUGCUUUAUAAGAGUACAACACGUGAUUUUGAAGUCCAUGUGCGUCAAUGGGACUGCGGAAGCCUGCACUACCCUGUGUCAUGUAACUGUGGAUUUGUGGCCAAAGAAGGAGGAGAUAUCGUUACUUUCGAUAUGUGCAGUGGUCAGCUACAUGAAUUACGACCGUAUUUAUUUGUAAAGAGCCAAGAUGCAUCCAGCAAUAUCAAGAUAAGUGAAUCUUAUUUAGGACGAAAAGUCACAAUUUCAUUUUCUUCUGGAGCAUUUAUUCGUGCUGACUUGAGUGAAUGGGGCAUGAGUUUAACCAUUAGGGCAUCUAGUUCAGAUUACAAAAACACUUUAGGACUCUGUGGAACCUUUGAUGAGAACCCAGAAAAUGAUUUCCAUGAUAAAAAUGGGAUCAAAAUUGAUCAACAUUUUAAUAAUUGUGCUGCUUUUAUUAACGAAUGGAGGAUUUUACCCGGGAGAAGCAUGUUUGACAAGAUGCCAAUUUCUCAGACUUUGCCUGCAAAACUAUCCUAUUGUAGCUGCUCAUUGGAUACCGCCUCCAGGUACCCGUUUUCUAAUCAUCUGUAUGGUUUUCCUCAACCAGAAAUUGCUUCAGGUUGCAAAGACCUCAAACAUGUCAGAUUCUCUUCUUUGAUACCAGAACUAGAUGUCACCUCUGAAUACAUUAAUUCAGAAGCUCUGGUUGGGAGGAUAAACAAGCAUACAUCUAGAGAAGAAAAUAAUUUGAAUUUCUUACUGCAAGGAAAGAAGUACAUAGACCUCACCAAACGGGACGUACAUUUACAAUAUCCUGGCACUGAAAAACAAGAUGCACCAAAAUAUUCAGACAAUGAGAAACAUAAGCAGGACCAGGGUCGCCACAGCCAACAAAUGAGGUGGAAUCCACAAAACAGAUGGAAACGGCAACAUUUCAAUGAGUUUCCUCCUUUGUUUGCUUUCCAAAGUCUCAGCCAGACCAACCUGGAACAGUUUACUUAUUUUUUCCCUGAGGACCACACUGAGGACACCCACCAAGAGUUUGUCCCCCAGUGGCCCACACCCUCUGGCCUUACCCAGGACAGCAGCCUGAAACUCUGUCAGCGCACUCUAGCCAACUCCAGCAUAGGCAGGCUCUGUUUUGACUUUCUUGGUAAAAGACUAGACCAUGCUGUAGAUAUGUGUGUUAAGGACAUUCUGUUGAAAGAUGAUGUUAGCUGGGCAGAAGCAGGUGUGGCCCUUCUAGAAAAUGAAUGUGAAAAGAGGAUUUUGGAAGAGGGGAAAUAUAACACAAAAGAACAUGGCAAGUCAAUUGAAGGCAUUCUCUUGGUAUUAAAAUGUCCCAAUUUAUGCAGUGGCAAUGGGCAGUGUAUGGAUUGGGGGUGUGCAUGUCUCCCAGGCUUCAGCUCCUAUGAUUGCAGUGAUUGGUAUGACAAAGUUCCUGAAAUCACAGAGCUUGAGAAUGCUGGAUUCUGUGAUGUUCAAGAGCAUAAUUGUACAAUGGUGAGAGUUUUUGGUCAAGGCUUCAAAGAAUCACCUUCCAUUAACUGUGAAGUUACUAAACUGCAGUAUAAUAGUAGUAAAUGGGUGCUUGGAGAACCUGUCUAUACACGGGCAGUUUUUCAAAACAGCAGAACUGUUGAUUGUCAGCUGCCCAGUGAUGUCCAGCAGUCUGAUACCAUGGAUGUGAUGGAUCAGAAACCAAUUAUGAAGUGGCAAUUAAAGGUAUCUAAUGAUGGUUAUAAAUUCAGUAAUUCCAAAACAAUGAUCAUAUAUGAUGGUACUUGUCAAGUUUGUGGUCUCUACAAAAAUAACUCAUGUACUAUAAAGGAGAAUGUUUGCAUUAUCAGUGGACUCUGCUACACUGAAGGGAAUAGAAAUCCUACCAGUCCUUGUUUGAUCUGUAGAUCCCAAAUCUCAAAAUUCACCUGGUCAUAUUUAGAAAGCAAAAACUGCCAGGAAGAUGCUGAUGAGUGUGCAUCUGGGCCUUGCUUUCCAGGAGUAGAGUGCUUCAAUACCUUUGGCUCCUAUCAUUGUGGUUCAUGUCCAAAAGGAUUUUAUGGUGAUGGGAAAACCUGUCAUGCUGAAAUAGAGUUUUUAAAUGAACUUAGUACACAAAUUGCAGUUCUCACAAGGUCUCACAAAAGUGUAAUUAUGGAAGAGGAUGGUAAAAGUGCCAAACAGGGAGAAAAUGACAUUAAGCCAAAAAGCAGAAAUGUCUCAAACUUGAAUUUUCAGCCACUGUCAACAGAGCAUUCACUAACUGGUGCAAGCUUUACCCCUAGUCCUCCUCCAUUCAAAAGGUUCUUGAGUACAAUGAACAUCUCCUACCUGUCACCGAAAUCAAUUACAACUCAGAUGGAUACUUCAAAGAAGCCUGUUUCUCAACAGAUACCUGGUUAUGAACAUGUGGAUCAUAUUCUCAGUGCAGAUCUCACUGUGGAUGAAUUGGAAGAUCCUACAAACAACAGCCAUUCUUUAAGCAUUAAUCCCAACAGUUCUCGUGGCCAAGGGAGGGAUAUUUUCCACAGCACCAUCCAAAUAGAGACAGGAGAAUAUCAUUCUCUCAUUAACAGUUCUUUGCAAGGUUACACACAUGACGAAGAUGAGUUUGUAGCAUCAGUUACUAAAGCAGUCACUAUUUUACCACAGAAAUUUGGGUCAACCGAAAUAUCGACUUGUGCUGAGUCGCUUUGUUUUCUUGGUGUUUCCUGUGUGCCAACCACAGGUGGCCACUUCAAGUGUGGACGCUGCCCCACUGGGUAUUAUGGAGAUGGUGUCAAUUGCAGAGCCAUUUGUAGACAUCCAUGUGGAAGGAGCAGGGAAUGUGUGGCACCAAACAUAUGCAAAUGCAGACCAGGUUAUACUGGUUCUAACUGCCAAACUGCUGUAUGUCAGCCUGCUUGCAAAAACCAUGGGAAAUGCACAAAGCCUAAUGUCUGCAAAUGUCCUCCAGGAUAUGGUGGAACAACCUGCAAUGAAGAACAUUGUAGCCCACCUUGUCAACAUGGUGGCACGUGCUUGCCUGGCAAUCUCUGUACUUGUGCUUAUGGUUUUGUGGGAUCGAGGUGUGAAAUAAUGGUUUGCAACAGACACUGUGAAAAUGGAGGUGCAUGUCUUGCACCAGAUGUUUGUCAAUGCAAGCCUGGUUGGUAUGGACCCACCUGUAGUACAGCUUUGUGUGACCCUGUUUGCCUCAAUGGUGGCUCCUGUUACAAGCCAAACGCUUGCCUCUGCCCGAAUGGAUUUUUUGGUGCACACUGUCAGAAUGCUAUCUGUCACCCUCCCUGCAAGAAUGGUGGCCACUGCAUGAGAAAUAAUGUGUGUGUCUGCCGUGAAGGAUACACUGGUAGGAGAUGCCAAAAAAGCAUCUGUGAUCCCAUGUGCAUGAAUGGAGGCAAAUGUGUGGGACCAAACAUUUGCUCCUGCUCUUCCGGUUGGAGUGGGAAAAGAUGCAAUAUACCUAUUUGCUUUCAGAAAUGUAAAAACGGUGGUGAGUGCAUUGCCCCCAGCAUCUGCCACUGUCCUCCCACCUGGGAAGGAGUGCAGUGUCAAAUACCAAUUUGUAAUCAAAAAUGUCUUUAUGGAGGCAGAUGUGCAUUUCCCAAUGUGUGUUCUUGCCGGACUGGAUAUUCUGGAGUCAAAUGUGAAAAGAAAGUUCAGAUAAAACAUCAUUGAACAACAUCAAGUAUAUGAAUUCCAAGCCUAUAUGUUAAGAAUUGAAAUAUUUCAUUCAGAAAAAGAUGAAGAUGACUCAAAGUUUAUUUGAUCAUCAUUGAGAAGAUCAAAGAAACUAAUAGCAUAUACAAUGGUCUGACUCGUCAAUGUUAGAGAAAAGCAAAAAAUGACAUUCAGUUAACCUACAAUUGACUUUGAAAUUUGAUUCAGUAUGUAUGCAUUAAGAUGAUAUAUUGGGUAUUUUGGUCAUUUAUAAUAUUUAGUUAACUGAAUAUUUUUCCAUUCUUGUGACUGUCUCUAUAUCAUCAGGGGUCAGUCAUCAUAAUAGAUGUCACUUGAUGUCUCUCAUAUAUAAGGUGUUUCAUGCAGAAUAGGGGAUUCUCAGGAUUGUUGAAGGAACUGGGGAUUAGAAUGGGGAGGUAGAGUUAGAAAAGCAGCCGCCAAUGUUUGGAGAGGCUGGCACUGAAGUUUCCAGCCUAGAGCACCAAAUAGUUACCUUUCAGAAGCUUUCUUGGACCUGCUGCAAUACUUGAGAAUCUUUAAAACCUAACACCAGCUCUCUCGGGCAAAGUAGAUCAUUCUCAAAAAUGUGCUAGGGAAGCCACUCUGAAUCUUCCACCUAUCCAUUCACUUGUGGAAAAUGGUGGUUUCCUCUUCAUCUCCUUCUAUAACUCUCCAGUAAUUUCUUCUCACUGGCAAACUCUAACCUAGAGGAACAUAGAGAAGCAGAUCAUGGGAAGAAUUAUGCUUUUUAUACUCAGAAAGAAAUGGAGUGGUGCUGUGGACCAUCAGUGAGCUGACACAAGACAUGCUGAGAAUUCUUCAUCUCCUUGUUUUUUACUAUAUUCCAGAGGUCAAAGCCACCGCUUUUCAUUGGUAAAAAAUAUGAUGUUUAGUUUAGUUUGUUUUUUUUCCACUCCAGUCUUUAUUGUUCUGACCUAUAUACCAUUCCCAGGAAAGGGUAGAAGAAAUAAAAUUUUUUGGUUUUAAAAUAUUUACUUUCAUUGUGUUUAUGUGUGAAAAGAAUCCCACAUGUAUGUGGUAUGAAUACCAUGAGUGCUGUGGUUUGGACAAGUGCCCUGCAAAGGUCCAGGGGCUAAAAAGUUUGGCACUCAGCUUGGAGCUGUCAGGAAGUGGUGAAAACUUUAAAAGGCUGGGCCUGGUGGGAAGUCCUUGGGUGUUUGGGGUACACUCUCAAAGGGAAUAAUGGAACCUUGACCCCUUUCUCUUCCUCUCUUUCACUUUCUGGUCAUGAGAGGAGCAGUUUUGUUGUGUCACACACUUCCAUCAUGAUGGGCCACAGGCCCAGAGCAACAGGGCAACAGAUCAUGGAUGGAAACUUCCAAAACCCUGAGCCCAAAUAAACGUUUGCUCAAGUUUAUUAAUCUCAAGUAUUUGUUAUAGUGACAGAAAGUUGAAAAGAAAUUAUUCAUUUCAGUGUAGGAGUGGAGAGAGAUGAUCACAAAACCAAAUCCUACAAAUAGCAAAAGAAAAUUUUCAAAGCCAGCCUCAGCAAUUUAGCAAAGUUGUAAGCAAUCUAGUGAGACCUUGUCUCUAAAUUUAAAUAAAUAAAUAAAUAAAUAAGGGGGGAGGGUGGGAAUGUGGCUCAGUAGUUAAACACCCUUGGGUUCAAUUCCUGGUGCAAAAACAAAAAGCAAAUUUGUAGUGGUGCUUAAGAAAAGCAAAUUUAGAUUCCAUAAAUUGCUGAGAAGCAGCUAAUGUCAACAGGGAAUAUACAUAUAAUUGAAACUUGCUUCAGAGAAACAAGUAAUUGCCAGUUAGUGAGAAUUAUCUAUCCUCCUUUUCUUGACUAUUUCAUAUUUGAACUCAACCUUUUCAAAAAAUAUUUUAACCAUAACCAUUUUAAAUUAUGUAAAUUUAUAAAAUUCAUUUUUUUCUUUUAAACAGACUGAAAAUUCCUAAGCUGUAUGUAAACUAUAAGAUAAAGUAAGACAUGAUUAGAAUAAAAUUACAUGAUAUUUUAUCUUAUGUUACCACAAAUUCAGAAAUACAAAUUCAAAAUAAGCAUUCAAAACUUGAUGUAUAUUUAAAUUUAAAAGAUCUUAUAGAAAAUAUGAGUAUAACAGAGGAAAAAUGCUGUUGUCGAAAAAAAUUAAUAAUGUUUUAAAGUUAAUAAUUGGAAGUGAAAUCACAGCUAUGAAAGUGGUUAUAAUUUGGGGGGUUUUGGGCACUGGAGAUUGAACUCAGGGGCACUCAACUACUGAGCCACAUCCCAGCCCUAUUUUGUAUUUUAUUUAGAGACAGGGUCUCACUGAGUUGCUUAGUGCCUCACCAUUGCUGAGGCUCGCUUUGAACUUGGCAUCCUCCUGCCUCAGCCUCCUGUGCUGCUGGGAUUACAGGAUAAUUUUUACAUUAAAAUCUAUGCCAACUUUUCUCAGUAUGCAACAUGGUAAUUCCAUCAGGACUCUUACUAAAUUGAUUUUUCAUGUAAUCUUUUAUGACUAAAAAAGUGUAAUUGUUCCAAGGUAUAUUCUGAAGUACCUAAACUAAUACAUUAUUUUUUUUCAUAAACACUUUCUAGAUUCAUACCAAGAAUCCCAAGGUAAAAUUAAAAUAUUAACCUAUAUACUAUCCAUCUUAUAAUAUGUUUAAUGGACCUGUAUAUGUUAAUAGUGAAGAAAUGAUACAGCUUUUUAAGUUUUAUAUAAAAACAACUUUUAUGAAUGUCAGUGUCUCAAGGAAAUGAAAGUAAUGUUUUAAAAAUACAAUGUAAGUUUAGAAAUGCAAGUAAUUUGAAUUUUUUGUUUAUUUCUUGGUGAUAUUUUUUGCAUCGAUUAACUUAAAAGUAUUUCAUUUGAAAGCUAGAAAAUACUUUGAAGAUAAUGAGUGUUUAAGGAGUUGGGCAAAAGUUCUUUAAAAUUUGUAAUUUUCAAGGAUUUAUUUGCAAAUCAUUUUCCAAAAGGAAUUCAAAUCAUAGACCUUUUUUCACUUCUUUGUGCUUUUCCAUGUUAACAUGAAACAAAAGGUUUGCAUUAUCAACUAUUCCUAAACUUCUUUUGACCUGCAUAAAGAACAUCAUUUCUCUAAACUUCAGAAUAUGCCUAUUCUGAAAUAUCAAAAUAUCAUUAUUCUUUUUGAUUGUAUUAUAAAUUUAUCUUAAUUUUCAUAUUCACAUAUUAUAAAACUUAUUGUACCUGUAACAUACAAAAUAAAAUUUUAAAUUUCAGAUUAAAACUAUUUGUGGACAUUUGGGACUCAAAUAGAUACAUGGUAUAUAAUAUAACGAAUUUAAAAAGCACCAUUAUAAUUUAUGUAAUUGGUAUUUAUGUGCUAAAGUUCAAAUCAUGCAUGUUGAUAUUAACUUAAUUAAUAUGACAUUCUGCCUUUUAUGUCACUUAGUAAUUUGUUUAUUCCUCAUGAUAAACAUGCCAGUUACUUCUAAAAUGAGAAUCUCCAGGUACAAUUAAAAUAUCAAUCAGUAGACUAUCCAUUUUAUAAUAUGUUUAAUGUAUAUGUUAACAGUAAAGAGGUGGUAUGGCAUGUCCGUUUUAUAUGAGAACACACCUUAUUAAGGCUAAUGACUCAAGUGAAUGAGGAGUCCUAAAUGAAGAGUCCUAAAUGUUAACCCUAACCCUAACCCUAACAAUAAUUUAGGUAGGAAGAAACACAGGAAAUGCAUAAAAUCUAAAAGAAGAAACACUGUACUAUUAUAAACUACAAAGAAGAAGUCUGUAGAAGUCAGAAUUACAGGGUUCUAUUCUUUUUUUUAAAAAAAGAGAAAGUAGAGUCAUCAUUUGUUCAUAGAAAGCAAAG